AUGGCAGAUCCUUUGAGCAUUGCUGCCUCGGUGCUGGCUGUAAUCACAGCCGCUGUUCAGUCGACCAAGUCGCUCCAGGGUACUGUAAAGCGCUUCCGGAACCGCGAUAAGACACUACGCCGGCUUCAGAAUGAGCUUGAGGACCUCACGAAUAUUCUGGAAUCUUUGCAACAGGUUACAAAUAAUGAGAGGUCAAUGUUGGCACUUCUCCAAGGUCCUAUCGACCGGUGCAACCAGAUAUGCAGCGAAUUUGAAUAGUCAAUCAAGGUUUUCAGUGGGAAGUCAACGACGGGUCUUCUUGAUUGGGCAAAAAUGGAAUUCAUGAGAGGCGACAUCAAUGAAUUCAUUGACACUAUUGCGGGGUAUAAGUCAACGAUCUCGGUGGGAUUAGGAACUAUUACUAUACACUCUUCCAAGGUGCCGCAGAAAGUUCUCGAAGAGUAUAAUGAGAUGAUCCAGGACACGGCAUACAAUCUUGAGCUCCACUUACGCCGAAUUGAUGAGAAGCUGGCGCAACUUACUACCGAAGAAAUCAAUGCCUCAGACAUAAGCCUAAAUCUGGAAGACGAAAGGGACGUGACUAAGCAGUGUCUUCGUGUCUGUGAAGAUGCCAAGUCCUAUAUCGAAUCAUUGGAGACCAGAGAAUCGGCGAUACUCAGCAACUCAUUCGGAAGUGCCACUGAGAAUGAUAUGCAAAAUAUGUUCGAAGCACAAUUCUUAACACGGCAAGCUUUGGAGAAGAACCGAGAUAGCUUUGCGGAAAUUAUUGGCCACCUUCAGAAGCGCCUGGAAUCACAAGUUCUGAGCGGUAGUAAGAACGAGAAGGAGAGGUUGGGGCUGCAGGAAGAUAUCCAGACAUCAAAGCAAUGCUUAGAAGUGUGCAAAGUGGCGAGUGAAAUCUCCUGUCAGAAAAUCUUCAGAAUUGGAGAGGUGGUUGCAGAUGGUGACAGCGAUCAAGUAGUAGUGACUACUCUAGCGGAUCUUUUCGAUAUAAGAAAAGCCCAAUCCAAAGGAAACUCUGCGCAGCUAGUUGGGUCAAUGACGGAAGAGGCUCUUCGACAUCUAACUGAAAAACGCUACAGCAGCCGUUUUGCGGCGUUGGAUACUCGGUCCGCCGAUGUUGUCAGUACCAGUUCACCGUCGGUCCUCGAAACUCGGAGGGGGGAUUAUUCAGCUGGAACUAGCGACGAGGAACAAAAUGCGGUACCGAUGAUAAGACGCAACAAGCCGUCUCCUAAUGAGAUGAGGAAGCGAGCGAUGGCUAGUGGUGCAAAGAGCAAGCACACUGAGUAGAAGACUGGAGGGGAGGAAUUUAUUGAUGUUAGUCUGGAGAUAUCUUUAACACCAGAAACCUCGAUCCUGGGAAUUGCACUGCCGUAUACAUAUGUCUCACAUAUAGUUGCGGUCAUCAUUAGCCAUUCUGCUCACAUGGAUAUUUCUUUGCUCUUCAACAUGCCGAGCGCACUGUACGCAAUAAGAGACGCCCACACCUUCACAACUAAUAAGAGUAUGUGUGGAAGACGUCUCUAAGAUACCCAGUUCAAGACUUGAUAGAAUUGUCCCUCAUAAAGACGUUUUAAGCACUUUUA